UAUGGUAUUGCAUGUCCAAAGUAAAGAAAUACUCCUUCCUCUCGCUCAGAAAAAAUAUUUUCCGAAACAGAAUAAUUUUCGUUUUGUACGAUAAUUUGGCUUAGUCGAAACUCGGAACAACGAGUUUAUGGCGGAGGCAGUGGUAAUGGAAUCCUCAACGCCCCCAGAUCUGGACGAACUCGAUCCUUCUUCAACAUUGUUAGAUCUCACGAGUUACCAGCUUCACGAUCUCGACUCAGUCGAGUUACCUCCCAACCUCACCGAGUUAGACCUAACCGCAAAUCGUUUAUCUAACCUAGACCCUCGCAUUGGCCAAUUAUCCGAUCUCAAAAAGCUCUCUCUCCGUCAAAACCUAAUCACCGACGCCGCCGUUGAGCCUCUCUCUUCCUGGAACGCCCUCUCCUCUCUCGAGGAGUUGGUGUUUCGUGAUAAUCAAUUGAAGAAUAUUCCUGAUGUAAGCAUAUUUAAGAGGCUUUUGGUUUUUGAUGUCUCUUUCAAUGAGAUUGCAUCGCUACAUGGUGUGUCUAGGGUUUGUAAUACACUGAAGGAGCUCUAUGUAUCAAAAAAUGAAGUUACUAAAAUCGAGGAGAUAGAUCAUUUUGAUCAGUUGCAGAUUUUGGAACUCGGCUCCAAUAAACUACGGGUGAUGGAGAAUUUGGAGAACCUUGUGAAGUUGCAGGAGCUAUGGCUUGGGCGUAAUCGAAUUAAAGUUGUGAAUCUAUGUGGUUUGAAAUGCAUUAAGAAGAUUAGUUUGCAAAGCAAUCGUCUUACUUCAAUGAUUGGAUUUGAGGGUUGCACAGCUCUAGAAGAACUAUACUUGAGCCACAAUGGUAUCACCAAAAUGGAAGGCUUGUCGUCUUUAGUCAAUCUCCGGCUUUUAGAUGUAUCAUCAAAUAAGCUAACCUCUGUGGAUGACAUUCUGAACCUGACACAAUUAGAAGAUUUAUGGCUUAAUGACAACAAAAUAGAAUCACUUGAAGGAUUUGCUGAGGCUGUUGCUGGGUCAAGGGAGAAGCUUACCACGAUUUACCUAGAAAAUAACCCUUGUGCCAAGUCACCUAACUACACCGGCAUCCUAAGGGAAAUCUUCCCCAAUGUACAACAAAUUGAUUCUGAUGUAUUUUCUUAAGAGUAUCUUUGGCUUCAUCUUUUUCUGAAAAAACAAUAGCUUUGAAGCAUUGUCUUUUCAUAUAUGUUUAUUCCAUUUUUGGGAGAUUGAUAAAGAGAUGUUGUGAUUUUAAAACCACCGGUGAAUAUUAUUAUGUUGCCUGAUAUUAGUUACCAGUCGAAUGAAUAUAUAUAUAUACUUGUUACAUGUUUCAUGUUUUUCAGACACCCUUUUGUAUUAUUUAUGUCACAUGGGCAACCAAUUUUUGAAGCAAAGAUUAAUGGUAUGUAUGAUUAACCCUUUUGUAUUAUUUA